AUGGCGUUUGGAAUGGCGCUGCACUAUCUGCACACCCAGAAGAUCGUCCACCUGGACGUGAAACCCGAUAACCUGCUACUGGAGAGCAGGAGGAGGCUGGACGUGCGGCUCACCGACUUCGGCUGCGCCAGAACCUUCCCCAGCAAGACUCUGGGGGAACUGCAGAGCACACCUGAGUUUGUGGCUCCUGAGGUGGUGAACUAUGAGACGGCUGGUCCGGCUGCUGACAUCUGGAGCGUGGGGGUCAUCGCCUUCCUGUGCCUAAGUGCCCACUCGCCGUUCCUGGGCGUCGGAGACCACCAGACCAUCAUGAAGGUGUCAAAGGGUCGCUAUGACAUCAGCCGCGCCUUCAACAACGCUACUCCGUACUGUCGGCAGUUCGUACAGGACUGUCUUGUGCUGUCACCAAGUGACCGUAGGCCGUCUGCGUUCUACCUGCUCAACCACGAUUGGCUGAUCAACACUCCGGAGCGGAGAAAACACCGUCAGGCCGCCGUCUUCCCAUCCGCCAAACUGAAGGUUUUAUGUUUAUGA